AAAAGAUUUUUUCCUCGUUUCGAAAAUCACGGUGUUGAGAUGCCCUACGCUGCGGUACCGUACUACCGAAGUAUUUUGCGGCAUACCAGGUAGUACCGAACCCAAUCAAUCGUCGUCUCCCUGUCGUGAUCCGCAUUUCUUGAUUCUUGAUCAAAGAACACCUCUACUACCGCAUCUGUAACGAAACGGUACUAUUAUUGGUAGUCGUUAGAAGCAAGAUCCUCCUUGCAUUUCUCAAACAAAAGAGCAACAGUUCCAUACACUCUACCGUACCAAUCGAGGUAGGUUCAAGAGGCUGGGGAAUCUCGUUUUUGAAACUUGUGCGAUUUCUAUUGAUCUCUUGCGUUCUUGCUAACACUCACUCACUCACUCACUCGCUGUCCCUCUAACAUCACCCACUCACUCUCCCAAUGACAACCUUCCAACCCCGCAGUUGCCGCCGAACCCCGCAUCGCCAUGGCCACCGGAAACGAUCUUGUGCUCGGCGAGGCCACCCCCCUCCUGGGAGAUGCGCCAGCAGCAGAACAAGAAGGCCCCUCCGGCCCGUCGAUCUCCGAUCGGAUCACYKCGGAGAUCCGGGCGAGGGCCAUGRCCCUUGCCGACCGCGCAACGGAGGYCGCCAGGGARGUAGCGGCCCGGACCGAGCGGGCCGGGGAGCGGCUCUYGGAGUUCGGAACGGAGGUUUCGGCAAGGGCGCAGCGGGCAAGGGAGGUCGCGGCCCUGGUCGAGCAAAGCAAGGAGCCCGUCUGGGAGUUYCUCGAGGCCAGGACCCCGGCCGGGGCCCUCUACGAGCGCUUCAUGAUCGGCCUCAUCCUGACCAACGUCCUGGCCUUUGUCCUGGGCAGCCUGUUCGCGGAACCCUACAACGAGACCCUGGGGUAUCCGUGGGUCCUUCGCGGGACCGAGGAGAGCCUCUGCGGAAACACCUGCGACGCCCUCUGGUUCGGAAACCACGCCGACAACCCCUUCGCRGAGUGGCUCGGCAUCGGGGCCACCUCGGUCCUGGAGGUGUUCACCGUUGCGGUCUUCACGGUGGAGUACCUCCUCCGCGUCCUGACCUUUCGACAGGAGGGAUACUCCAAUCCGAUCGCCUUUGUCCUGACCGACUUUUUUUCGUGGGUCGACCUGGCYUCGACGAUUCCCUUCUACCUCGACGCYUUUGUCUUUCCCUCCGAGAACGCCUUUGGGGCGACCGGCUUUCUCAGGAUGUUCCGCCUCUUCCGCAUGAUGCGGGGGGAGGGGAACCAAUACGACUCCGCCCUGAGCCUCUGCGGCGAGGUCUACCGGGCCCAGAAGGCCGUCCUGGGAACGGCCGCAUUUGUCGGGGCCACCACCUGGAUCUCCGUCGCCAGCCUCUACUACCUGGUGGAGCGGGAGAACCCGGACAUGAUCUACUGCGGCUCCUGCGACGACGACGACGUGGACACCUCCCUCUGCACGAUGGACGACUGGGGCAUCGUCGAUUGCUCGAGCGCCGGCUGCCCCGGGACGGAGGAACUCCCGGAGCCCUGCUACAACCUCUACCGGUCCAUCCCCUCGGCGAGCUACUACUCGCUCUUGAACCUCUUUGGGGAGUUCCCCCUCUUUGACCAGCACUCGGUGGGCGGACAGGUGGUGGGAACCAUYACGGCGGUGGUGGCGGUGACCUUCUUUGCCCUGCCCGUCGGGAUCAUCGGCAACGGCUUCGAAUCGGAGAUCGAGAAGCGCCGGACCUCGACCGGGGGGGAGGGCCCCAUCGUCGAGCGGGGGGYGGCGACCGCCGGGCACGUCGCGGCCGGGACCGGCUGCGCUCCGGGGCUGUACAACUUUUUCGUGGCCGGCACCGGAGAGGGAUCCCUCUUCUUUGAGCACCUCAUCAACGCGCUGGUCGUCGGCACGGCCCUGACCUUUAUGAUCGACACCAUCGACGACCUUCCGGUGGGGUACCGGUUGUUCCAGAGCUGGUUCGAGUUUGCCGCGGUCCUGGUCUUUACGGUGGAGUACGUGCUGAAGUUUUACGCCACCGUCGCGGUGGAUCCCAUGUACAACAGCGGCGGCGGCGGCGGAGGCAGUGUCUCCCCGCGCCCAAAGUGGAGCUACGCGACGUSUUUCCUGCCAAUGGUGGAUCUCCUGGGUUUUCUGCCCUACUGGAUCGUCCUCUUUGGAUUCGGUGGGUCCGUCGUCGAUACSUCCGGUCCCUCCGGGAUGGGCGACACCUUUGUCAAGGCCCUCCGCCUCUUGCGUAUUUUUCGGUUCGAAAAGUACACCCACGCCUUUACCAGCUUUGACGACGUGUUUUCACGCAACUACGACGUCCUCAGCGUCACCUUUUUCUCGUCGGUCCUGCUGUGGGUCUUCUUUGGCGCCCUGCUGUACGCGACCGAGCGGGACAACCCGGACCCGGAAAUGGCGGCCAACUACAACUCGGUCCCGAACGCCAUGUGGAUGACCCUGCUGAACCUCUCCGGGGAGGCCCCGCUGGCCCAGUACUCGGUGGUGGGAAAGAUCGCUACCGGCAUWCUGGGCCUCUUUGCCACUGCCAUUUUUGGCAUCCCCAUCGGUGUCCUGGGUGGGGGCUUUGAGGAAGUCGUCGAGGAGGAAACCGAGGACUGUGCCGUGGAAAUAGAGGCAGCGCCAGAGAACCAGGCGGCGGCCACCGGCUCUGCGGUGGAGGCAUCGAACCCGAACGGUCUACCGGGGACCGAUGCGGAGCGCUGGUGCUACAACAUCGCGAACGGGCAGGGAUCGGGCGCUGCCAGGAGCAUCGAAACCCUCAUCUACGUCCUUAUUUUCGUUGCCAUCGCGAUCGGCGCCUGGCAGACCGUCGACGGCCACGAGGACGAUUUUUCGACGAUCGAAUCCCUCACGGUCUACGCCUUUACCCUGGAGUACGUCGUCCGGCUCAUCGGUGUGGGCGCCGAUCCCGCCUUUGCGAGAAGCGGACGGGCCAGCGGGGUCGUCUCUCGCUUGGCGUACGUSGUCAGCUUUUAUUCGGUCAUUGAUUUGCUGGCAAUCCUGCCCUAUUACGUUGCCCUGGCGCUACCGGAAUCCCUCAUCGAUCAAUACGACGAAUACCUGAGAAUGGCCCGGAUUCUUCGYCUCCUGAAACUCGACAAGUAUGUCCCGAGCUUCACCCUCAUCGACAACGUCAUYCGGUACAAGUGGGACUCGCUCAAGGUCGCCGGGUACGCCGCCAUUAGCCUCUGGACUAUUUUCUCCGGCCUCAUCUACUUGUUUGAGUACACCGAUUCGAGCAACGAGAUCGACCCAGUCCCUCUAUACGGAACCUGCACCGACGAUUGCACCAUGAUGGACCGGUUCCAAAACUACUUUGACAGUUUUUACUACACCGGGAUCCAUCUCACGGGCGAUUAUCCCAUCACAACCUACAGCUGGCCGGCAAAACUCGUGAAUUUUUGCAUGGUAGUCGCCGCCGUGGGUGUGGUUUCGAUCCCUUCGGGAUUGAUUGCGAACGGCUUUGUGGAAAUCGUACAGAGCAAGCACAAGGCCAAGAAGAAAGGCUCUGCCAAAGACGUUCCUUCUGCCUCGGCCGAUCCCGGUGCCGUGGAAGGAGACGAUUGGUACGAAGAGCRGUACCGAGCACUCGAGGGGGUCUCGCCACCCAGCUCGUCCUGGGGCCCGACCGUCGACGGGUACCAAAACGCCGUCAACAACUUCCUCAACGGAACCAAGGAUCGAAGGGGCAAGACGAAGCACACCCGCAUUGGAAUGGCCGGAAGGAUCUUUAUCUUUACGGUCAUUGUCGCAAACGUUGUUGCCGUAAUGUUGGAGAGCGUUCCCUCGAUCGACCGCGCGGUGGGGAACGAACCCGGAAACUUUUUCGAUGUCUUUGAGCGCUUUUCGAUCGCCGUCUUCACCCUGGAAUACAUCGCGCGGCUCUUUUGCGCUUCCAAAAACCGCGAAUCCCUCUAUUCCAGCCGGGUGUAUGCCCAGACUUUUUUCGGCAUCGUCGAUCUCUUGUCCACGGCACCGUGGUACAUCGAGCAAAUUCUGCUGGCUACCGGAACCAUCACCGAGGGCGGAGAGGUCGGCAAGGUAUUUCGAAUCUUUCGAAUCGUGCGGUUGCUCCAGCUGGAGGAUUUCGUCACMGCYUUUAGCAAGCUGGACAACGUUUUCCGGGCCAGCAUGGACGUCCUCAAGAGCUGCUUUUUGCUGGCAUUGAUUAUCUGGAUCGGUGGCGGUUCGUUGUUUUUCAUUUUCGAACGCAACAACCCGAACUUUCGAGAAUGCGACGAUUCUAUCCCCGACCUCUCGACGGGGAACGGCUCGUCGUUUGUUCCCGGUUGCUUUGACUUUCCGUCCACGGCGGCCUGCAACGACUAUUACGGCGAGGGAAUGUGCGUCCAAAAAGUUUUUGUGAACAUGCCCAACACGCUGUACAUGACGGCCGUCUUUUUGGGUGGCGAGUGGGGGGUUACCGACUUCACCUGGCCGGGCCGGAUCCUGUGCAUAUUGUAUUGCUACGUUGGGAUCGCUCUGUAUGCGAUCCCCGCCGGUACCUUCUUUGACAAAUUCGGAGCGAUUUUGGGCUUGGACGGAGACGACGAUGAAGAGGAGGAAGAAUAGCGACAGAACAUGGAUGGUGCAAAUCGCCCGAUCGACCUUGCUUGUCUGUUCUAAUAGUAGUAUCUAAUUUUAUGUUUCUUCGUUUGAUUUUUGUUGAAAAUAAAAAUGGUUCUCUUCA